AUAUGUGCCAAAGUAUUAAACUUGCGACUAGAAGAAAGCUUACUUAAGCCUCUUCUUUGACAACGUAACCCUUCUAGAAUUUCUCUCUCACACACAGUGAAAAAACAAGAAGUCAAGAUAAUGCUUAAGAGGCAAGAUUCUUUAGUGUCAUCAGCUCGACGGCAAACACCACCACCACAAAGUCUUCAUGUUAUUAAGUCUACUGGUUGCAUGUCAGGCAUCAUUCAGCUUAUCUCCAAAUACCAAAAGAAAACCAAACGGCUUACCUCUGGAAUUAGAUCAAAGCAAGGUAAAAACAACGGUUCAUUGUCUUCACAAUCCAACGCAGUAGACGUGGAACGUGAAAAAGAAGAUGAUCACCUAAUUAAGGCAACAAGAAGCCCCAAAAUCCAACAACAAAAUGUUAAAAAAGAGCCAACAUUAGUGGCACGGCUGAUGGGGCUGGAGGAAAGCAGCCCUCCUAAUAGGGAGAACAAUAUGAAGUCCACAGAGAUAAAGAGAAGGAAGAUUCUGCAUGCCUUGGAGAAGUGUAAUGAUGAUUUAGAGUCCAUAAGGAAGAUUAUAAACUCACUAAAAAGAGUUAGUCAAAUUGGCGAAACUGCAAUGAGGCCGCCUCCAUCACCUUUGUGCAACCAAUUCGCCAAAGCUAUACAUAAUGGGAGGACAGGGCAAAGGAUCAAGAGGCCAGGAGCAUAUGAACCAGUUGAUAAAUUUAGAAAUAAUGCAUCAUUAAUUCACGUGAAGCCAGUGGCUACAACUUCGUGCAGCAAAGCCAUGAUUCAAAAUGUGGAGGAAGUGUGCAGUGACACUGAAUGGGGACAAAAGAGGGAGGCAGGGAGAAUCGGGCUUAUGUUACAAGAUCAUAUUUGCAGGGAACUGAUUGAAGAAUUUGUCAAAGAAAUGGAUCUAAUUUGCUUGCGUUCUUUACCCUUUUUAGCAUGUAAGAAAAGGCUAUGCUUCUAAAUGUUUCGUCAUUACUAUUUUCUAUUUGGUGUUUUGGUCCUUCAAUUUCAUAUAUAUUGAGAUAGUUGAUCUUUGUUAAUUACUUUUACUUACAUUAAAGAUACUUUGAAACAAAGAUGUAGGAUUCAAUUGGCUUAUUAUAUAUUAUUCUGUUUUGGAGCA